AUGGACGGAGCACCGGUGCGCGACGUCAAGAACCAUGUGCUGUUCGAGAUCGCGACUGAGGUCGCCAAUCGAGUCGGCGGUAUCUACUCGGUGUUGAAGUCGAAAGCGCAGGUCACGACUGUAGAGUAUGGGCCUCGAUACACCUUGCUCGGACCUCUCAACCGUACUUCGGCAUCGGUCGAAGUCGAAGAGAUUGUGCCAAAGGACCCGGCUCUCGUUGACACGAUCAAAGCCAUGAACGACCGAGGCAUCAAGACAAUGUAUGGCCGAUGGCUGAUCGAUGGCGCUCCGAGAGUGCUACUUUUCGAUACCAAGACAGCUUACGGCUAUCUCGACGAGUGGAAAGGCGACCUUUGGGCCACCUCUGGCAUCCCUUCCCCCCCGGGCGACGACGAGACAAAUGAAGCUAUCGUCUUCGGAUAUCUGAUUGCUUGGUUCUUAGGCGAGUACGUUUACCAUGAAAAGACGCGGGCGGUAGUUGCGCAGUUCCACGAAUGGCUCGCUGGUGUGGCACUCCCUCUCUGCAAGAAGAGGCGCAUUGACGUUACGACCAUCUUCACGACACAUGCAACGCUGUUGGGCCGAUACCUGUGCGCUGGAUCCGUCGAUUUUUACAAUAACCUGCAAUACUUUGAUGUGGACGCGGAGGCUGGGAAGCGUGGCAUCUACCACAGAUACUGCAUCGAGCGAGCAGCUGCCCAUGCCGCGGACGUCUUCACCACUGUAUCUCACAUUACGGCUUACGAGAGCGAACAUCUCCUUAAGCGAAAGCCCGACGGUGUUCUGCCAAACGGUCUCAACGUCAAGAAGUUUGCCGCCACGCAUGAGUUCCAGAACCUGCACCAACUGGCCAAGACAAAGAUUAUGGACUUUGUUCGCGGGCACUUCUACGGAGCCAAUGACUUCGAUCCCGACAACACUCUUUUCUUCUUCACCGCGGGCAGAUACGAGUACCGCAACAAAGGCGUCGACAUGUUCAUCGAGUCCCUGGCACGUCUCAACCACCGCAUGAAGAGCUCUGGAUCCAACAUGACCGUCGUUGCCUUCAUCAUCUUGCCGGCGCAGACAACCUCGUUGACCGUCGAGGCACUCAAGGGACAGGCAGUCAUCAAGUCCCUGCACGACACUGUCUCACAGAUAGAAAACAAUAUCGGCAAGAAGCUGUUCGAGCGCGCUAUCACCUGGCGAGAGGGCGAUCCGCUACCGGAAGAGAAGGACGUGUUCACUGCCCAAGACAAGAUCAUGCUACGUCGACGGUUGUUCGCUAUGAAGAGGACCAAUCUCCCGCCGAUUGUGACCCACAACAUGGUCGACGACGCGAACGACCCGGUCCUGAACCAAAUCCGGCGUUGCCAACUUUUCAACCAUCCCUCGGACCGGGUUAAGAUUGUCUUCCACCCCGAAUUCCUCAACUCCGCCAACCCUGUCUUCCCAAUCGACUAUGACGACUUCGUUCGUGGCAGCCAUAUGGGCGUGUUCGCUUCUUACUACGAGCCGUGGGGUUACACACCGGCCGAGUGCACCGUCAUGGGUGUUCCAAGCAUCACUACAAACCUAUCGGGUUUCGGCUGCUACAUGGAGGAGCUGAUUGAGAACGCGCAAGAUUAUGGCAUUUACAUCGUGGAUAGACGGAUGAAGGGUAUAGAUGACUCGGUGAACCAGCUUGCGGAGUACAUGUUCGACUUCACCAAGAAAAGCAAGAGGCAGCGCAUCAACCAGCGCAACCGAACUGAGAGGCUGAGCGAUCUGCUUGACUGGAAGAGGAUGGGCAUGGAAUACAUCAAGGCGCGCCAACUUGCUCUCCGGAGAGCGUAUCCGAACUCGUUCGAAGGUGACGAAGAGGAGCCCGAUUUCUUCGGCUCAGUCGACGUCAAGAUCUCACGGCCGCUGUCUGAGCCUGGAUCUCCCAGGGAACGCUCCGGCACGAUGACCCCUGGUGACUUUGCAUCGCUUCAGGAGAUCCACGAGGGCCUCAGCACUGAGGAUUACAUCGCGUGGAAGCUGCCCGAGGAGGAAGAGCCAGAGGAUUACGCGUUCCCACUUACCCUCAGGAAGAAGGGCAACGGCUCAGGCGGCAACUCCGGCGCAAACUCGGGCGCGCAAUCGCCUGCCAUCAACGGCACUGCCACGGUCCUGUAG